AUGUCAAAAGCAGUCUUUCUCUCCCGAACGGAGGGUAAACCCGGGCAGGUUUACUAUCCCCUCUCCGUUCAAAACCUACCCCUGCCGACACCGGAGGGUCGCGAGUUACUGGUGAAACUCACCGCGGCGUCGCUGAACCAUCGUGAUGUCUUCCUGCGCCAGCAUCUUUACCCCGGUAUUACAUUCGACGUUCCUCUGGGGGCAGAUGGUGUUGGCGUGGUCGUCGGUGCUGGUCCCGCGGUGUCGAACCCAGAGCGGUGGCAGGGCAAGCGGGUGAUACUGAACCCGGGAACGGGUUGGAAGGACUCGCCUGAUGGACCGGAAGACCCCAAGGGCUAUCGGAUCAUGGGCGGUACUAAGCUCUACAAUAAGGGAACCAUGCAGGACUACCUCACCAUCGACGAGUCCGAGGUCGAAGAAGCCCCCGAGCACUUGUCCGAUGCGGAGGCCGCUGCUUUGCCCUUGACGGGAUUGACCGCAUGGAGAGCCUUGGUGGUCAAGGCGGGCGAGAGAAACUCGGGCAAGGGUGCUGCGGUUUUGCUUACUGGUAUUGGAGGGGGUGUUGCACUGAUGGCACUUCGGUUCGCCGUGGCCAAGGGCGCAGAUGUCUACGUGACAAGCUCCAGCCAGGAGAAGAUUCAGAAGGCAAUCGAAUUAGGUGCAAAGGGUGGUGUAAACUACAAGGAAGAAGCCUGGGAGAAGAAGCUCCUUACGAUGCUCCCCCCGGGAAAGAAGGCUUUCGAUGCUAUUAUUGAUGGCGCCGGUGGCGAUUCGGUUGAGAAGGCGGUCAAAUUGCUCAAGGCUGGCGGUGUGCUCUCGGUUUAUGGAAUGACUGUCUCUCCCAAGAUGCCUUUCUUGAUGCAAGCUGUCUUGAAGAACAUUGACGUCCGUGGCUCGACUAUGGGUUCCCGCAAGGAAUUCGAAGAGAUGGUUGAGUUCGUCAGAGCAAACAAGAUCCACCCGGUGAUCUCGCGCGUUCUGCAGACCGAGCUGGGUGACAUCGCCGGGCUCGACGGGCUAUUCCAGGAUAUGAAGGAAGGCAAGCAGUUCGGGAAGUUGGUCGUCGAAUUCGGGAAGGCUUCGGGAUGCAAAUUUCCGCCGGGUCGCGCUUUCCUUGGAACUCAUCCUACCAGGCCGCUAGAUCGACCUAUCUUUGUUUUAAUCACGAAGCUUCGGCGUCCUGGGGUCCCGGAGAUGAGUGACGAUAUCGUGCAGUUAUACGGGCCUGGUCUAUCCUUUUAUCUGGCUCACGGAAAGUCUUUAGCACGAAUUACUACGCCCGUGGGAUCGUCCGGCAUGUCACUUAGGGAUGUUGCUGAUUCCACUGUGAUGAGGUCGAAGAGGUCAAUCGGCAUCCGGGAUGGAAGCAACACAGACAUACGAACCUCGAACGCCUGCCAGAGAUACUCAGCUACUCUGAAGGCAUUGCAUGCCAGCAAUGGACUACUAGAAAGCAGAGCAAAAAAUCUAAGCGAUAAUCUUGUUGGGCUCGAGCUAGACGUCAUGAGAGUCCAAAGCCACAUAGCCUCUCACGGGGAGCUUCUGAUGACAUGGCAAGCCGAUAUCCUUACGCGUCUCGUCGAGGUUGUGUACAAACGGAGUGAGUGGAAGAUGCCAGGAGGUAUCACUGCCAGUUCUCAUGAGGGCAUGGAUGAAGCGAGAGUCACUCUGCUGUAUAGGACUGCGGCGCGGAAGAUCAAAAAGGAGACGUUGAGGAGGAAUUUCGGUCUUUCGGUGCAAUACUAUCUUGCCCUGCAAAGGUAUGAUGAGAUUGUCUGCUUUCGAAGCAUCAAUCGGACUCGUUCAGAGUGCACGUUCGCUCGAUGGUUAAUGUCGCAAAAGGAGACUCACGGUCAAAUCGGUUUGUUCAAUUUCUGGGCCAGAUUGUUUCCCUUAUGCUACGGUCGGACCGUGAAAGAAACAUCAGAGAUGUUCUGA